AUGGCCGCCCUUCUCGAGCGAUUGAAAGAAGCAACAGAAUUCAGCGACUCCAAAGAGCUGGCUGACAACGAGAUUCAAGCAGUGAAGGAAAACGUGACAGGGAAUAAUGCUUUGAAGCGGGGAGAUUUUGAUGCAGCUGUUAGACAUUUCACUGCAGCUCUAGAUCUUGAUCCUCGUCUCGGAACGUUUAGUUUUUUCACUAAUAGAGCGAUUGCAGCGUACAAAGUAAAACGAUACGUUGACUGCUUGGAAGAUGUCAAACUGGCGCAGAAAAUCAAUGGGAAAGCUGUGCUGUGCCACAGAAUUGCAUUCAAAGCUCUAAAGAAAAUGGGAUGUUUAGAGGAUGCAUUUGCUUAUCAAUGUAAGUGUUUUACUCUCGACCCUGAAGAAAGAGGAAAACUUCUUGAUGGUCAAAGUCUCUCUAAACUGGCCAAUGAAGUGUUUGCUGCUAGACUUGUUGUGCUGGAUCCACAACCAGAGGAGCUUGGUUUAUUGGCAAAGGUACUCAACAUUGCAGAGUCUCUUAAAGUGUCACAGAAGCCAAUUCUUUCUUCGUUCACAUAUGAAGCUGCUGCUAUCAUUGCUGAGAAUGACUCGCAUACGUCUCCUGAUGUUCUUGUUUCUAUUCUUAUUACACUGUCCGAAAUUCUUCAGUCAAUCGGAGAAUAUCACGCCUCUCUGGCCCACCUUGCCCACCUUGAAGCCAUCAAUGUGUCUGUUCCACUGAAACGUGUUACAAUAUACAAGCUUCAAGGCAAAGCUCACUAUGAACUGAAGGAUUUUCGUAAUGGACUUGUGUGCUAUGAAAAGCAACUUCAGAUCAUUGAUUGCCUUCAAAAUGAUGAAGAGAAGGAGAGACUAAGAGCGGAAUGUCUAUGGCAUUUGAGUCAAGUUCAUCACGUGAUUGGUGAUUUUAAUAGAGCAAUCAACAUUCUGGAAGAUUAUCUCAAGAUUGGAAGACAACUACAAGAGAGAAAGAUUUUGGCUCAAGCUCAUUGUAGUCUUGGAAAAGCUCAGGUUAUGCUUGGUAACGUUAAACAGGCAGCAUGGCACUUUAACACCCAACUAAAUGUAGCUCGAAAGGCAGGAGACAAAGAAAGUCAAGCAAAUGCGUUAAAUGAAUUAGGUUGCAUGCAUCGCAUCUUACGACAUCCUGAAGAAGCGGUUAAAUGUCACGAACAAGAACUAAAUAUGAGGACAUCAGAUGAAGGAAGAGCUUUAUGUCUUAAUUCACUUGGUAUGAGCCACCACAUGCAGAAAAACUUUGAUGUUGCAAUGGGAUAUUUUGAAGAAGCAAGGGUGACAGCUCAGCAGUUGCACAACAAAUCAAUUGAAGCUGCUGUGUGUUGUAACGUGUCUUUGUCAUGUCAAAGUGUUGGCAAUUUUUUAUCUGCUGUCUCAAAUGUAACUGUAGCACUAGAAAUUGCAAGUUCAUUGAAAGACAUCGUCUUGCAGCUCAAGUGUCACUGCUUGUUGGGAGAUUUAUAUUUCGGAGCUGAGAAAUCAUAUCAAAAACAUGCAGAACGGCAUUUUCGAUUGGCUGUUGAGCUAUUUGAGACAAUGAGACGUGAUUUGGGCUCAUUUGAUAAAAUGAAAACUGAAAUUAUUGAGAUGCCAGCUGCGGCAUAUCACAAGCUGAUUCAUUUGUUGGUUCAACGCGGGGAAACACGCGAUGCUCUUGCUGUAGCUGAGUGCUGUCUCGCCAGGGAAUAUGUCGAGAAAACUCUUGGUAAACAAGACUUGCAGUCAGUGAAUGCAAUUCGUCAGCUGCCAGUUGGAGUUACAACUUACGAUGAUGUUUGUAAGAUGACAGCUGGCAUAAAUGCUAUUGUUCUGUAUUACACACAUACUGAUUAUGGUUUGUACAUCUGGGUGUUACAUCCAGGUGGUCGAGGAGUCGUAAAGUUCCAUCAUUGGUCAAGAGAAGCUGUCAAGUUUCUUAAAGAGUUUCUACAGCAAACAUACCAGGUGGUGUCUACUCUUCCUGCUAACAUUCCUAAUCGAGUGUGCGAAUCAAGAGCUUGUCCAAGAAUUGCCACACCGUCAAGCAACUCUGAGGCUCCACCAGUAACUGAGCAAGAUGAUGCACCGCCUCCACCUUACAGUUCAUUAGUUAGCGUGGCACAUCGCCAUGGGCUGACAUACUCGAGUGUUGGGAACGAUGAUAUUCUUCAUCCUUCUCGUAGCAGUUAUCUUGCUGCUCCUGCUGGUGAAGGAUAUGCUGCUGUACUACAGGCAUCCAUGAGAGAACUGUAUGAUGUUUUGGUGGCUCCAAUUGAAAAGUAUCUUCCCCAGAUGACUGACAGUAAUGUUAUUUCAGUAGCAGAUUUAGUUAUUGUGCCACAUGGAAAUCUUUAUCUCUUGCCAUUUGCAUGUCUAGUAACAUCAAAGAGAACUCUUCUUUCUACUCCAUACUGUCUUCGUUUUAUGCCUUGUCUUCAGACUCUUAGAAUGGAUAAAAGUCCUAGAGCUCGUGUUUCUCAGGGUCUCCCCAUUCCUCAUUCACCUGAAGGAACAUCCGUUCUUGUAAUGGGCAAUCCAACACUUCCAAGCAUAGUCAAGGUUUAUGGCAAGUCAUGGGAACCCAAUCCUUUACUAUUUGGUGAGCGAGAAGCUAAACAUGUCACCCUUCUUCUUGGCCCUGGAAAUGAGACUCUUGCAACUCACUCAGCAACUAGAAGCAAUGUACUGUCAAAGCUAUCUCAGGCUCGAGUUAUACAUUUGGCCACAUAUGGAUCAUGGGAAUUAGGUUCAUUUGUUGUUGCUCCAAAUGAGUCUGCUGUUUCUGAGACCGAGGAUGGUGAGAUUACAGAAAAGCACAUAUUGAUUACUCCAAGUGAUAUCAUGAAAGUCAAGCUUUCAGCGUCACUUGUUGUUCUCAGUGGAUUCAACAAUGUUCGUGAUCAAACCUUGAUCUCCGCCGAUUCUCUGUUGGCUACUGUUCGAUCAUUCAUUACAGCGGGUGCUCGAUGUGUUGUUAUCUCUAUGUGGUCUCCUCCAGAUAGAGCCACUGAUGAGAUGAUGUUCGCUCUGUAUGAAGGUUUGCAAAGAGGCUUAUCAGUUGCAACUGCUAUUCGAGAGGGAAUGCUUCAUAUUCGUUCACGUCGUGGCUUUACGGAUCCCAUACAUUGGUCUGGUUUUGUUGUGAUUGGGGAGGAUGUCUGUAGUGACACUUACACUACAUUUGGGUUCUCAACCAUGAAUAGCUCUACAAGUAGCAGUGAUGGAGGCCUUGGUAAUCAAACCCAUCUUCUUGGUAAGCUUGAGAAUUUUCUCAAAUCAACCUCUAAUAUGGAAGAACUCUUUGAUGCUGUUACUGAGACUCACGAAUUGGUGUCGACUACUGUGUCGAGGUUGACUCAAGGCAGGAGCUGUCAACCUCUUGCUAUGUCCAGUGUCUCACUAUCAAUGUGGCAAAUUUCUGGUGCUCGGGAGUUACUGCUUGCUCUUGGUUACUCUGUGCGUUAUGUCCUGGUGACUGAAGAUGAGUUGUUAGUUUCACCUGAACGUGAGUUUCUAUCAUUGCUAACUAGAGCACAGCAAUGCUUUCAGACAUUGCUAGAUUUGCGUGAAGUUGAGGAAAUGGCAGUGAACAAGCUAUUGCAGCUUUUUCCACUGCAGAAAAGAUACCUUGUAGGCAUGAUUCAUGCUUUGAAACAUGCACGUGAAAAUAUCUCAGAAGACUCUCCUGAAUUGUUUGGAGUGUGGAAUGUGAAUGAAUGUCGCCAGUUCCUUGAGCUGUUUGGAAUUCAGGAGAUUGCUGGUGAAGGGGAAAACACUGUGUUGUCUGUCUCUUCUCGCUUUGCAGAUGAGAAAGUGGAAAAGGCUCUCAAAUGUUUUGAUGCAUUCAAAGGACUGUUAGCUCAUAAUGAAUUGUCUCAUUCUUUUCUUCCUCCUGUUUCUUCUUCUGACGAUGUUGAGCAGUUGUCUGUUGUUCGGUUGUCUAAGUCUCGUUCUCCAUCACCAAGAGUGUCAAGCAUAUUGGAGAAUUUGAAACAGGAAGUUGAUCGUCGACUGCAGUCUGGUUUGCCUGACAGUGUGCGUCCAGAGGAUAAACCUUUGCUUUGUGCUUUAUGUGAGGCCAAGUUCUCUAUGUUCAGACGACGAUAUUGUUGUCGCUUUUGUGAUCGGAUUCUUUGUUCAAAUUGCUAUGAUAAACCUUUACCAGAUGGCUCUGUUUCAUUUGAUUUCAAACGAGCUCCUGGCGUUUGUCUGUCUUGUCAGCAGAUGUUUCCUGGAGGUCAUGUGCCCUUAUAGUGGACCCUAGCAACAGUACAGUAUCAGUGGAUAUGUACCUAUGGUUCAGUAUGGAGCGUCUUGUUUAUCCACGAAUGUAUCAACAUUUUAGGACAAUGAACAUAGAGACAUCUUACAA